CAAAAAUUUCUGAAGAAUCGCCUGCUCGAAUUCAUCAAUCACCCGGAUAGCCGUGUUGUGGAGCUUCUUCUGACUUAUGGUGCCAAUAUAUAUGAAUGUAAUGAGAAAGGACAGUCGGUGUUUCACAGGCUGGGCGAGAAUCGAAAUCAAACAUUAGCCGUAGCUACAGCCACCAAAUUGCUGCAGAUGAGGGUGGUUGUAAUGUCAUUUUUGAAUGCUGAAGAUUACCGAUCUCGCACUGCACUCCAACUAGCUUGCAACAAGCGUAACUGGUCUUUGGCCAAGUAA